UCCACUGUCGUGUGCUGCGAACAGUUUCGGCAGAGUUGGAGAGAGAGAGAGAGAGGAAGAGAAAAGCGAAAAGAAAAUGAAAGGAAGUGCUCUGCUCUCUGUGCUCUCCUUAUGAGUCUCUUCUUCAUUCCUUUCUUCCUUCUGUGUCCUUCCGCAAAUCCAAAAGCCUCUCACCCAACAGGACUCCUCUCUUGUUUUGGCAAAAUCUGCAUUCGGAGACCCCGCUCUUUCUAUGCUUCGUCUUCCCCGUUUCUUCUUGUUUUCUUGCUGUGGUUUCUGGGUUUCGCCCCUCCCCUGCUUCUUGAUUCUUGAUUGUGUGAGUCUCUCUGGAAGCUCCUGAAAAACCCACCAAGUUUCAGCUUCGGCUUCUCAGUUUCACUUCCAGCUUCUUGCUUCUCCUCUCGCAUGUCGUUCGCUUCUUCGCUGUCCCUGUGAAAAUUCGCCUCAAAUUUCAUGCAUCGCAUUCGCGAAGUUCGCAUUUUUCACCAGACUUAGCUUCCCACCCAUCAAAAGCAUGGAUUUUUCGCAGACACGUCUUCUGAUUCCCCUCCUCUGCUUGCUUCUCUUCAUUGAUCCUCUCUGCUCGUACCCGACACCCAUGAACUGUACGGACACAUCUCGGUUGUGCGCAUCGUUUCUAGCCUUCAAGCCCGAGCAGAAUGAGACCCUCGGCGUCAUCCAGUCCAUGUUCGACGUAUUGCCGGCGGACGUAACCGUGGAAAACUCCAAUCUUGACUACGUAUUCAUAAGAAAGAACUGUUCUUGCUUGUCCACGACGAGGAAAUACGCCACCACCACCACCUACACCUUGAAAUCCGAUGAAGGGUAUGUUUACGACACCGUGAUCGAGGCCUACGACGGGCUUGCGCUCUUGCCGAAUUCGACGCGGAGAGCGAAGGCUGGCGCGGUCGUGUCUCUGAGGUUGUUCUGUGGGUGUUCGAGUGGCCUGUGGAAUUACUUAAUGAGUUACGUGUUGAAGGAAGGGGAUAGUGUGGAGUCAUUAGCCAGUAGGUUUGGUGUGAGCAUGGAUAGCAUUGAGCAAGUGAAUGGGAUUAGUGACCCAGAUAAUGUCACUGUCGGUGAUCUCUACUAUAUACCCCUCAAUUCAGUUCCUGGCGAGCCUUAUCCUUUGGAGAAUGAUGUUACUCCAGCCCCUGCUCCAGCACCAUCUGUGGACAGCAUUUCAGAUAGUAAAGAGAAUCACAAGGCUCAUGUCCCAUACCGCUGGAUAAUAGGGAGUUUGGGGAUUGGCCUUGCUGUUAUUGUAGUAUGCGCGGUUGUUUUCCUGUCAUUGAGGUCAUCAAGCUGCUUUACUGAACCCCGGGGAAACCGUGGAAAGGAUCAUGAUGAAAAAAGUCCACAUAAGUUUCACAUCCUUCGGAACCCAAGUUUCCUUUGUGGUUCGGGAAGAUAUAUCUGCUGCAAACCAGGGGAUUGGAGGCAAACCAAUGGUGAACCCAGUAGUCACCCGAUAAAUAUUCCAAAAGUUCUGGGAGCUGAUGCGUUUGAUGUUGAGAAGCCUGUAGUUUUCAGUUAUGAAGAUGUCACGUUCUCAGCUGAUGGAUUCUCUGACGCUAGCCUUCUUGGCCAUGGCACAUAUGGUUCUGUCUAUCACGGAGUCUUGCAUGACCAGGAAGUUGCAAUCAAAAGAAUGACUGCCACAAAUACGAAAGAAUUUCUGGCGGAGAUGAAGGUUUUAUGCAAAGUCCAUCAUGCAAAUUUGGUGGAGUUGAUUGGUUACGCAGCCACCAAUAAUGAGUUAUUCCUUAUUUAUGAGUAUUCGCAGAAGGGUACACUGAAGAAUCACUUACAUGACCCACAAAGCAAAGGUCAUACUUCUCUUUCAUGGAUUAUGAGGGUACAGAUUGCGCUUGAUGCUGCUAGAGGUCUAGAAUACAUUCAUGAGCAUGCUAAGAAUCAUUAUGUUCAUCGAGAUAUCAAGACGAACAACAUCUUACUUGAUGGUUCCUUUAGGGCGAAGAUUUCAGAUUUCGGUUUGGCUAAGCUUGUUGGAAAAACAGGCGAAGGAGAAGCCACAGUCACAAAAGUUGUUGGCACAUUUGGUUACUUGGCUCCGGAGUAUUUGAGUAAUGGCCUUGCCACUACCAAGAGCGACGUAUACGCAUUUGGUGUUGUCCUUUUCGAGAUCAUAUCUGGAAAGGAGGCCACAAUACGCACUGAAGGCACAGGGACAAAAAGUACGGAAAGACGUUCACUGGUGUCCAUAAUGUUAGCAGCUCUUAGGAACUCACCAGACUCCAUGAACAUGUCAAGUAUGAAAGACUGCAUCGAUCCCAAUCUGAUGGAUUUGUAUCCCCACGAUUGUGUAUACAAGAUGGCCAUGUUGGCGAAGCAUUGCGUGGAAGACGAUCCCAUCCUGAGGCCAGACAUGAAGCAAGUCGUGAUUACCCUCUCUCAAAUCCUCUUGUCAUCGGUGGAGUGGGAAGCUACUCUUGCUGGUAACAGCCAAGUGUUCAGUGGCCUCGUCCAAGGAAGAUAGUGAGGGUUCAAAAAGUCUCUCGUUCCCAUGGCGUAAGGGCGCCUCUCGUGACUUAUUCUAGCGGUGUGUAUACAAAAUGCGGAUAUGCACGGUUGUUUCUAUACGUCCUAUCGUUCGUUCUUGCCAGUCUUACUUUUUUCUUUAUCUAGGUGCGUUGUCAUCCGGAAGUAUAAAUCUUUUUUGGCACGAAAAUUAGUUCUAGUGUAAAUUGUUACUGUGAAGUGAGGACGAAUUGCCCUGCUUAUUUUUCCAGCAAGCUGUUUUGUUUUGUUGAUGUGAAUAUUCACUAUCAACCGAGUUCAAA